UCCAUACUAGAAAAUAAAUAGUUUCUUUUUCUUCUUAAACUAAACUCCUCCUUCUCAGUAAUUGUCUCUAAAAUCAAGAUGGCUGCUCACAGUGCUGUGCUAUCGGUUUCCAAAAUUAUAAGUCCUUUCUGGGGUGGACGUCUUGGAAAUACGGUUAAAGUAUUUGGGACAACUCUGAGCAGUCACAGGAAUAAGACUACUCUGACUAGACAAAACAUUCCUCCUCCUGCAAAGUAUGGAGGCAGACACACUGUGGCACUCAUACCUGGAGAUGGAAUUGGCCCAGAGCUUCUCAGUCAUGUCAGAGAGGUUUUCAGGUUCAGCUGUGUGCCAGUGGACUUUGAGGUGGUGCAUGUCAACUCUGCUGUAGAGACAGAGGAUGAUAUCAAUAAUGCCAUCAUGGCCAUCCGCCGUAAUGGAGUUGCCCUCAAGGGUAAUAUAGAGACCAAACAUACCAUGCCGCCAGCUGUCAAAUCCAGAAAUAAUCUCCUACGCACAAGCUUAGACUUGUACGCCAAUGUGAUGCACUGCCAGUCCCUCCCCGGGGUCCAGACUCGCCACAAAAACAUCGACAUCAUGAUCAUCAGGGAGAACACAGAGGGAGAGUACAGCAGUCUGGAGCACGAGAGUGUUUCAGGGGUAGUAGAGUGUUUGAAGAUCAUCACCCGGAACAAUUCCCUCAGGAUUGCUGAGUACGCUUUCCAACUGGCCAGGGAGAAGGGUCGUCGCAAGGUCACUGCCGUGCAUAAGGCAAACAUCAUGAAGCUUGGUGACGGCUUGUUUCUGCAGUGCUGCAAAGAAGUUGCCUCUGGAUACCCUGACAUCACAUUUGACAGCAUGAUUGUGGACAACACCACCAUGCAGCUUGUGUCCAAACCACAGCAGUUUGACGUAAUGGUGAUGCCUAAUCUGUAUGGAAACGUUGUCAGCAACGUGUGUGCUGGCCUGGUGGGAGGGCCUGGCCUUGUGCCCGGAGCCAAUUUUGGUCAGGAUUACGCUGUAUUUGAAACGGCCACAAGGAACACCGGAAAAAGCAUUGCAGGCAGGAACAUCGCUAACCCCACUGCCAUGCUGCUCGCUAGCUGCAUGAUGCUAGACCACCUUAGGCUUUAUGACCAUGCCAGCUCGAUCAGGAAUGCAAUCCUCACUACAAUGAAUGAAACCAGGUUGCACACAGCUGAUCUUGGAGGUCAAGGCACCACAUCUGAGGUGGUCCAGUCCAUCAUGAGGAUCAUCCAGAGUAAAGGACAGCUCACAUCAGACCUCUAAACUGUCUCCCUGAACACAGUGUACUCAGACACCCACACACUCAUUAGUGGUGUGAGUUUGAACAGGUGUAUGUACCCAGAGCAGGUGUAAAUGAUGAGAGGAUGUCUGAAUCCAUAACGUUUCAUAGAUUACUGAUCAAUUCCCAGUAGAAAACACAUUUUUAUCCACGCGUAUGUUCCAGAUAUGAUAAUAAACUGUAGUGGACUUUUCAUAAAAUUCCAUUAUCGCUCUCAUUCGAUGAUAAAUUCAACCAUACGAAUAGAUUUCAUUGCUUGAGGAAAAUUCACAAGGUUUGUUUUAUCUAAAAAGUUUGACCUAAUGAUAUUCUGACCUGUAAAAAGCAAAUUUUACAUUAUAUCAUUAGCCACAAGUUGAGGGGAUUGUGUUGUUUAAAGUGCAUUUUCCGCUCUCUUCCUAAAUGUGGGUUAUUUAUUUUUCAUGCCAUGACUUUGUUACAACCUUUUUAAUCAGCCAAAUAUGCAAUUUUCAUUUAAAAUCUUAACUUUGUCAUUUCAAAUUGCCUAUUACACACUGAUAUGCCUUGUUAUGUUGACGUUACUUUAACUGUAUUUUGAAAAUGCUGACAUAGCUUUUUCCAAAUAAUACUGUAUCAACAGAGGAGGAAUACAUUAAGUAAUUGCAGUAAAAUCUAACAUUAUGUCUGUGCCAUGAUGAUCUUCAUGGUUAAAUGGAUUAUACUGAAAGAUUUUGUUAUAUUUAAGUCUAGCCAGGGCAGCAAUGUUAAAGCUGAUAUGAAAAUGCAUCAUGUUUGUGGAUGGGCACAUUUACUGUACAACUUCAUAAAUAAAGGAGUCUUAAAU